AUGACGUCUCAAACGGACGUUGAUAUAGAGGCUCAGUUCCGAUAUCCGUGGUCCCACGAUGUCAAGGUAGCAUUACGAGAGCGGUUCCGGCUCAAAGGGUUCCGUGAAAACCAACUACAAGCCAUCAACGCAACCUUGGCGGGUAAAGACACCUUCAUCCUCAUGCCUACCGGAGGUGGCAAGUCAUUGUGCUACCAGCUACCGUCUCUCAUCACUACGGGCAAGACCAAAGGAGUUACUGUUGUGGUCUCACCACUGCUCAGCCUCAUGGAGGACCAAGUGCAGCAUCUUCUGGAAUUAGGCAUCCAAGCAUUCCUGGUAAAUGGCGAAAGUACAGCUGGCGAAAAGAAUCAAAUCAGGGAGGCGCUGGGUCAACGCGACGCCCAAGAGUUCAUUCAGUGCCUAUAUGUCACGCCGGAGAUGCUCAGCAAGAACGAGUCAAUGCUCAGCAUCUUUGAGCGGCUGUAUCAACGCCGUCAGCUUGCGCGCAUUGUUAUCGAUGAGGCUCAUUGUGUCAGCCAAUGGGGCCAUGACUUCCGCCCAGACUACAAGCUGCUAGGAAAUGUGCGCCAGAGGUUUCCAGAGGUGCCAGUGAUGGCUCUAACUGCAACAGCAACGGAUGCUGUCAAGCUUGAUGUCAUACACAAUUUGCAUAUUGACAGUUGCGAGAUUUUUACAAGAAGCUUCAAUAGACCAAACCUAUACUACGAAGUGCGGCCCAAAGAAAGCAAGGGAAAAGAUCUCGAAAGUAUUGCCACGCUGAUCAAGGAGAGGCAUCGCGGCCAGUCUGGCAUAAUUUACUGCCUAUCCAGGAAGAACUGUGAAGACAUGGCAGCAGAUCUUGUCAAGCAGCACAAAGUCAAAGCUGCGCAUUACCAUGCCGGUCUGACAUCGGAGCAGAGGUCCAAAGCACAGAAGCAAUGGCAAAGUGGUACUUACCACGUCAUAGUUGCGACCAUCGCGUUUGGCAUGGGUAUUGACAAAGCUGAUGUCCGCUUUGUGAUCCACAACAGCAUCCCGAAAAGCCUGGAAGGGUACUACCAGGAAACUGGACGGGCAGGGAGAGAUGGAAAGCACUCCGGCUGCUACCUCUUCUAUGGCUACUCUGACGCCGGCAAACUGCGUCGUAUGAUCGACGAUGGCGAAGGCAGCCACGAGCAGAAAGACCGCCAACACCAGAUGCUGCGUAAGAUGGUGCAGUUCUGCGAGAAUCGUAGUGACUGCCGGCGCGUUCAGGUGCUUGCGUACUUUAGUGAAGUAUUCCAUCAGGACGAAUGCCAGAACCAAUGCGAUAAUUGCAAGUCUACCUCCACCUUCGAAACCAAGGACUUCACAGACCUAGCUGCCCAAGCCAUCAGUCUUGUUCGCAAAGUGUCAAUGGACAAGGUCACGGUCUUACACUGCAUCGACAUCUUUCGCGGGUCUGAGAGCAAGAAAAUCAAAGACAAGGGCCACAAUGAUCUCAGUGAGUUCGGGGCUGGCAAGCACAUGGGCCGGGAGAAUGUUGAGCGUCUUUUCUACCGCUUGCUUGGCGAGAACGUGAUUCGCGAGGACAGCGUCAUGAAUAAGAGCGGGUUUGCAAACCAGUAUAUCGCUCUU